AUGGCGUCGUCAGCGGACCGCCCGGCCAUCGAUCUCGACGACCCGAACGUCAGCGCCGAGGUUGCGAAGAAGCGUCGGCUGAUGGAGCUCGCCAAGCGUCGGGACGGCACGGGCUCGCGCCGGGGGAACAGUCCCGCGCCGGGGAACCACGUCGUCAAGAAGUGGGUGGUGCUCGACCUCGGCAACAGGCCCUCGAGGGCAACUUACGACCCCUGGAGCGCGGGCGACGACCAUCGCAUCUCGUUCACCGGGCUCGGUCCCGACGGCGCCGGUUCGCGGGACCUGACCCUGCGGCAGAUCAAGGCCGUCGCGGGCGGGGACUGGGUGCGCAUGCCGCCGUGCGAUUGGCACUGCGUCACCGGCUGGUCCACGCUCGGUCUGUGCUUCCGCGGCGUGCCGUUCUCCGCCGUCGUCGACGCGUUGUCUAAAGACGACGAUGGCAAAGAAAACGAUCCCGCCUUCGCUCCGCGACCGGGUUGGCGCAGGAUCUACCAGCGCUCCGCGGACGGAUACGACACCACGGUGCAGAGGCGGGACGUGCACGACGGCUUCCUCGCGGUGGUGCACGGGGAAAGCGGCGAGAUGCUGCGCGAGGAACACGGGGGUCCGCGGCUGGUGUUCCCUUCCCUGUACGGGUGGAAGAGCGCGAAGUUUCUUAAAGAGGUGGUGUUCCUGGCGACGGACGACGACGCGCCGGGGGCGAGGAGGGGGUUCUGGGAGAAGCUCGGGUGCCACCCGCGAGGGCGUUGGGCGGAGGAGCAACGGUGGGCGCCCGGUACCUCCGCCGUCGUGUGGAACGCGUUGGCGGGAAUGACCGACUUGUACCGGGUCGUCGGCGGCGUGUGGGUUUGGGAGCGAGUCAUGGUGCACGGCGGGCGUGUGUUGGGCGCGAUCGCGUCGACGUGGGAGACGGUCCGCGGUUGGUGGCGUGUGCGCGGCGGACGAGUCGGCGUGAAGGCUGAAUAG